AUGCGUAUCAUCUCUAGGAUGAAGGCGGGAAGCUUCAGUUCCAGUUUCAGCCCCCCAUUAUUGUGCACCACUGAGACCCGGAGCAGAGCUUUUGCCAAAGUCUUGCUGACCCUGCUUGGUUUCUGUCUCUGGGGAACUGCUGUGGCUUUCCUGUUUGGUGGUGCCUUUGUGAUCAUUACCUACAAGAGCUACAAAGCCUUCUUUCAGAAUCCCUUCUUUCUUCUGCCAGGCUGUUUGGCCCUCGUGACGGCUUUUCUGCUGUUCCUGACAGGUGCUUUGGCAAUGCUUACCCAUGUCAAGAAUUCUCGACCCCAUCAGGGAACGCUGAUGUACCUGUUAGUGGUCCUCUUCUGCCUGGAAGCCUCCUCUGCCGUUGUGACCCAGCUCUAUUCCACUCAGGAAGCUUAUCACCUGACAAGCAGCGUGAGCUCUCUGUUUCAUGAGUACAACAGGACAGUUCCAAAUUACCCCAACAAUGAGGCUGUGGAUGCAAUCCAGCAGCAGCUGCAGUGCUGUGGGAUCUACAAUCACACGGAUUGGUCUGUGCUGGCCCUUCCAAACCGUCUCCAAACAGGCCCCGUCUUUGCCCCUAAAAGCUGCUGCAAAGAGGCUGCUAUGGAGUGUGCUGACAAUGUUAGCCAACCGGAGAAACUGUUUGAAGAAGGCUGUCUCCAGAAGCUGGGGAAGAGGCUGCAUUUUGUUAGGCAUUAUCUGAAUUGGUGUUGUGUCAUGGUGGGCUGUCUGGAGAUGCUAACUGUCGUCAGCAAUGGAGUGCUUAUGAAGCAGCAGCCGUUCCAGGAUUUCCGCAUUCUCGAUUCUGCCAAUUUUUCUUAG